AUGGCGAAGAACAGGAACAAGAAGAACCAUAAAGGCGUUGCUUCAAUGGACAUCACGGAACCAACAGUUUCAGAUUUUCCUCAAGAUAUGGACACCUCAGAACCUGGAGCACGAAGUUCUUUUUCUACUUCAAGAUUGGUGACGACUGACGAGUAUAAGGAUAUUCUAUUCACUGAUCCAUGGAUUCGUCAUACAUGGCUUUUGAAGGAGUCAAAAGAUGGGUACUUGCAGAGGUCAGCUUCCAAUUCAUUUUGUGUAAGCAUUCUAGUGGAAUUCAAGCAAAGGGGAAGGAAAAAUAUUGAGUCUUGCAAAAUUAGUAGAGUAUUUAAAGUGUCAUGUUUGGCUUUUAUUAUGACCACUUCUUUCUACUCUUUCCUAACUGUGGACAUAUUUGGUAACAGAAAAAUAAAGGGAAGACCUAUGAAGAGAUCGAAAAAUGUCCGGAAGAAGAAAGCAUUAGCAAAAGCAAUAGCAUCAAAUGAAAAGUCUGUUGAGAAAGUUUUGAAGAAUGACAGCAAAACAAUCAGAACUCAAUCUGCGAAAGCUCUAUAUGACUAG